CGAGGGCCGUUUCGCAUUAGAGCCUCCCAAGCACAAGCUUGCAAAGUACGUCCAAUCCGAAGAGCCCUAAAGAAGUAGGUAUUGCUUCAAUAGCUGUAUGUUUAUGCUCUGAAGAAUGUAUUUUCAAAGGCAACUUCAGCGAUGUCUUUUACGGAUACGGUUUCAUAAAGUUAAUGUUGAUGGUCGGCGGCUAAUACAAACUGGGCCAUUGCAAAGUGUUGAGGAAAAUGUGAAUGUAUACAAGCCCAUUCUUCCUUCCAAGAAGUAUGAAUUUAAGAUUAAUACAGAUCAAAAGUCAGAAAUGGUGAGUCUGUAUGAGGCAUGUGUAUUCACAAAUGACUUUGUCCGUUCAGCACAACUUCUAGGGCGCAUAGCUGGUUAUAAUGCGACGGAUGAAAACAUGUAUCCAUAUAUUGAAUUAUAUUUACGACACCUCAUUAGUUCUGGUGAUUUUAUGCUGGAUUCUAUGAUUCGGACAACGAGGGCAAUUCUUAAAAAGUCUAAACUUGCCGGUAAUUCCCAAAUUUAUGCAUAUUAUUUUCAGGCUGCUUUGCUAAAAGAGUCAGAAGAAUCUGGAUAUCCAGUUUUAAAGCGAAUUGCUGUUGAAUGGAGAUAUAGAAAAGGAAAAGUCAUUGAUAUUCUAUCCCAGACCUCAAUUUUAAGCAGCGAGCAGAUUCAAAAAAUAAUUAGAAUUCUUAAUAUCCCCUUAGAAACUUUAUCGAACAGUCAACUAGCGCUUUUUGGCUUUCAGCCUUCGAAUCCAACCGAAAUCAAUACUGUAAAAAGUACUGUAGAGGAAGGCCGAUCCCAGCCAGUGACCGUUCCCUCGACUGAACAUGCUUAUAUUGACAAAAUAAAAAGUAAAGGAAUGCGUUUGAGUGCCUUAUUGAAAUCACUAAACAAUAUUUCAGUAAGUCCCGAAAACUUACCGGUGGAUGAAGUAUCGUUAGAGAAGGUACCAAGCUCGGAACUUGUCAAUUUAGCGAGGCAAAAAUUGCUGGAGAAAUCUGCAAUUGCUUCUGCUAUUGAUCUGUGGAAGGCUGAAUAUGAAGAUACUUUUCAACGUGGAGGAGGGGCUUUACCCAAGAACAAAGAGGCUUCCGCCUUAUUUUACGAGUGGUAUACGGAACUCAAGGAGAUGUUUAACCAGGAGAAUAAGCGUCUGGACAGUUUUUAUCAUAGAAUCGAAACAAACGCUGGCAAUCCAUAUAUUGCCGAGGGCUUUUGCGGUCCUUUUCUGAAGCUUUUAAAAACCGAAAAACUCGCAGCAUUAACGAUUAUUGAAGUGAUUCGUUCAAUUUCAUCAAUAUCAACCCAAGAGGAAGCUGAAGAAACUCAUGGAGUUUUGAUAUCUCGUUUAACCGAUGCUGUUGGACGUAGUUUUGAACGUGAGUUCUUAUCCGAACGCUUACAAGAAGAAGAAAGAGAAGGAAAGCUUCGCAUAAGAGAUAAUUUAAAGUUUGUUUUUAAUAAUCCUCGGGCAUUUAGAGCUGCUGUUAAAGAAUUAAGGCGUAAUGCCGAUGAGAAUGAUGGUAAAUGGAAGCAUGCUUUGGAGAGCUGGCCAAGAUACGUUACAACCAAGAUUGGAGCAAUUGCCAUUUCAUUGUUCUUACAGGCCGCUAAAAUGGAUAUAAAAUUCAAACGUCCGGAUACAGGAGAUAUUACAAAAGAAUCUGUAUCUGCUUUCGCUCAUACCUAUCAAUAUAUUCAUGGAAGGAAGUCCGGCGUACUUCGUCCUAGAGUUGAGCUCCUAAAAUUAAUAGCAAGUGAAUUUCAGAAUCCCCUUAUCCAUCCACAAAUGCUCCCAAUGUUGGUACGUCCUAAACCAUGGGUGCAAUGGGACAAAGGAGGUUACUAUUAUUCUCGUGAGUCUAUUAUCCGGUUGAAAGGAUGUACUGAACAGUUGGAUUAUAUCAAAGAAGCCUCCCAUAAAGGUCAUCUUAAGAAAAUCUAUAAUGCAUUAAGCGCUCUUGGUGAUGUGGACUGGAGAAUUAAUCGCUUCACCUUUGAUGUCAUUGUUAAAAUUUGGAAUUCUGGUGAAGGUAUGCUCAGUAUCCCACCCAAAAAUGUAGAGGUGAAUCUUCCUCCAUAUCCAAAGCAAGCGCUCAAUCCAAAUGAUCGCGUAUCAUGGUACAGUCUUAGGGAUAAACUUUCUAGAGAAAAGGCGACUGCUCAUUCCCAACGCUGUGAUUUCAACUACAAACUUGAGAUUGCUAAUUCAUAUCUUAACGAAAAAUUUUAUUUUCCUCACAACAUGGAUUUUCGAGGAAGAGUAUACCCAAUAUCUGCACAUUUGCACCAUGUAAAUAAUGACUUCUGUCGUGGUUUGCUAGAGUUCGCUGAGGGAAAGCCAUUAGGCCCCAAUGGACUCAAUUGGCUGAAAGUUCAUUUGGCAAAUUUGUUUGGUAUCAGUAAAGUUGACUAUGCUAGUCGUCAAAAGUUCGUGGAUGACAACAUUGCAGAGCUUUUUGACUCGUAUGAUCAUCCCUUGGAAGGACGCAAAUGGUGGGCAUCUGCCGAAGAUCCCUUCCAAGCUCUUGCAGCAAUUGCAGAAAUUGCAAGAGCAAUACGCUCCGGAAACCCGGAAAGUUAUGUUUGUCAUGUACCAGUACAGCAAGAUGGAACAUGUAAUGGAUUACAGCAUUAUGCUGCUUUAGGAAGAGAUCCUGAUGGUGCUCAUGAAGUUAACCUGUCUCCAAACGAUCGACCUAAAGAUGUUUAUGAUGCAGUAGCCAAGAUUGUUAUUAGCAGAUUGGAGCAAGAGUCUGCCAAAGGUGACGAAGUGGCUUCUGUUUUGAAAGAUAAAAUUGACAGAAGUGUUGUGAAACCUACAGUUAUGACUAACGUUUACGGCGUGACUUAUGUGGGUGCCAAAAACCAGAUAAUUAGUCAACUGGAAAAACGAGGAGAUAUUCCUAAAGACAUGCUAAACAACUAUUCUAGUUAUUUGACUAAAAUGGUAUUUCGAGCUCUUCGUUCUUUAUUUGAAAGAGCUCAUGAAAUUCAGGAUUGGCUGUCUACAUGUUCUUACCUAAUCUCAAAUUCUUUACCAGCAGAAUUUGUCAAACAAGGUCAUAAGGAUAAAUUAACGCCUACUAUUUGGACGACUCCCCUUGGAUUUCCUAUUAUCCAACCUUAUAGAAAUUUUAAGAAGCGACAAGUACAAACGAAUUUACAAUCGGUUUGUAUUGAAGAUAGGGAUAGAGUAGCUUCCGUUGAACCUAGAAAACAGGCUGCUGCUUUUCCUCCCAAUUUUGUACAUUCUUUGGAUGCGACACAUUUGUUUAUGACAUGUCUGAAAGCCAAGGAAGCAGACAUAACCUUUGCUUCUGUCCAUGAUUCUUACUGGACCCACGCUUGCGAUGUCGAACAACUCGGUAAUUUGUUGCGUCAAGCUUUCGUUGAGUUACACUCUCAAAAAAUCAUGGAAAAGCUGAGAAAUGAGUUCCGAAAGCGAUAUAAAAACUUUAUGAUACCUAAGGAAAUUGCUAGGAGGUAUGAUUUGUUCAUAUCAUCCGAAGAUUCGGAUAAAAAAUGGGUACCACUUAAAAUCCCGCUUCUACCUUCGCAGGGUACUUUUGAUUUGACAAAAGUUUUGGAAAGUAAGUAUUUCUUUUCAUGAGGAUAUCUAAAAUUUUGCUUCUGAAGUGUACGAAACGUCAAACGCUUCGCCAUUAUGUAUAUGUAUGCAUGAUUGUAGUUCUUUCAAGAAAAAAAAAUGUGGACUGCGGUUAUACUAAAAAUAAUCUUUCCUUUCUUAAUUCUUAAUAAAGUGAAAUAAUCGAUGGUGGAUACAUAGGUUAAUACAUCAUUUUUGUAUAUUAUAUUCAACUAUACUCAAUGGGUUCAAUUG